GUGAGGAAGUGCCAGGCGUCGUACGUGCCUGCAGCGUAUACAAAAAAAGCGGCACAGCGUGCUGGGCAGAGACGCCUGGGACGACGAUAAGCCUUCCCGCUCCCUGGAGCCGUGCAUCAAGCCAAGCACACUCUGUAGGUUGUUUGUGUUACACUUAUGACGAUAUGUCCAUUACACGGCUGCUACGGUGGCCUCUGGAGCUGUACGUACUCACCGGCGUCUUGCUUCACGUGAGAGCCUGUGACGCUAGUAGUCAGAGAGCACACCAUGCAAAGCGUACCUACUCAGCAGCCACUCUCAGAUCGGCAAGAGACUUCCGCUAGAGCGUAUGCCGCUGUGCUGGACUCU